AAAGAUUUCCUGAUGUCUGCCACCUGCCACAGAAAGGAUUCCUGUUGAGUACCACCUGACAAAAACUGCCACCAAGGAGUGGUCAGACAGCCAAAAUCCCACAUCACUGACACCAGAGGGGAAGCAUAAUUUGAUAAGUGCAAAUAUGAAAAGCGACUUGGCUGGUGAGAGCCUAAAAGCUCAAUCACUGUCUAUACCAUUCACCUGAAGAGCCAGGUCAGAAGACCUGCCAUUGGAAUAUCAGCACAUCAGAAUGGGAGGUAAUAUGUUGCUACUUGCCUUCCAUCUUCUCUGAGGAAAAGAGUAAAUAAGAAACAACACAGUCAUACAAGAGUCUUCAUUCUAGAAGUGAUCAAGGAAUCAUGCUGGAGGAUUUCUGCAACUCUACUUUUUGGAAUUCCUCAUUCCUGGAUAGCCCGGAGGCGGACCUGCCACUUUGUUUUGAGCAAACUGUUCUGGUGUGGAUUCCCUUGGGCUUCCUUUGGCUCCUGGCGCCUUGGCAGCUUCUCCAUGUGUAUAGAUCCAGGACCAAGAAAUCUUCUAUAACCAAACUCUACCUUGCUAAGCAGGUGCUUGUUGGGUUUCUUCUUAUUCUGGCAGCCAUAGAUCUGGCCCUUGCAUUCACAGAAGACACUGGACAAGCCACAGUCCCUGCCGUUAGAUAUACCAAUCCAAGCCUCUACCUGGGCACAUGGAUCCUGGUUUUGCUGAUCCAACACAGCAGGCGAUGGUGUGUACAGAAGGACUCUUGGUUCCUGUCCCUAUUCUGGAUUCUCUCCAUACUCUGUGGCACUUUCCAAUUUCAGACUCUGAUCCGGACACUUUUAAAGGACAGCAAUUGCAAUCUGGCCUAUUCCUGUGUGUUCUUCAUCUGCUAUGCAAUCCAGAUCCUGGUCCUGAUCCUUUCAGCAUUUUCAGAAAAAAAUGACUCAUCAAAAAAUCCUUCAACCACAGCUUCAUUUCUGAGUAGCAUCACCUAUACUUGGUAUGACAGCACUGUUCUGAAAGGCUUCAGGAAACCUCUGACGCUUGAAGAUGUCUGGGAUGUUGAUGAAGCGACUAAAACAAAGAAACUAGUCAGCAGGUUUGAAAAGUUCAUGGCAGGAGAGCUGCAGAAGGCCAGGCGGGCAUUCCAGAAACGGCAACAGAAGAAAUCCCAGGGGAAACCUGGAGCCAGGCUGCAUGAUUUGGACAAGAACCAGAGUCAAAGCCAAGAUGUCCUUGUCCUGGAAGAAACUAAAAAGAAGAAAAAGAAGUCUGAGACCACAAAAGACUUUCCCAAGUCCUGGUUGGUGAAGGCCCUCUUCAAAACUUUCUAUGUCAUCCUCCUGAAAUCGUUCCUGCUGAAGUUGGUGUAUGACAUCUUCACGUUCCUGAAUCCUCAGCUGCUGAAAUUGCUGAUCUCCUUUGCAAAUGACCGUGGUACAUAUCUGUGGACUGGAUACAUCUGUUCAAUCCUCUUCUUUGCCGUGGCCCUCAUCCAGUCUCUCUGCCUUCAGCAUUACUUUCAACUGUGCUUUAUUCUGGGCAUGAAAGUACGGAGCACCAUCAUGGCUUCUGUAUAUAAGAAGGCACUGACUGUAUCCAACCGGGCCAGGAGGCAGUACACCGUUGGAGAAACAGUGAACCUGAUGUCUGUGGACGCCCAGAAGCUCAUGGACGUGACCAGCUACAUCCACCUGCUGUGGUCAAAUGUCCUACAGAUUGCCUUGUGCAUCUACUUCCUAUGGGCAGAGUUGGGACCCUCAGUCCUAGCAGGUGUUGGCGUGAUGGUGCUCCUCAUCCCAAUUAAUGGGGUAAUCGCCAACAAGAACAGGGGUAUUCAGGUUAAAAAUAUGAAGAAUAAAGACAACCGUUUAAAGAUCAUGAAUGAGAUUCUCAGUGGGAUCAAGAUCCUGAAAUAUUUUGCGUGGGAACCUUCAUUCCAAAAGCAAGUCCACAACCUUCGGAAGAAAGAGCUCAAGAACCUGCUGAGAUUUGGGCAGUUGCAGUCUAUGAUGAUAUUUCUCUUAUAUCUAACGCCGGUGCUGGUGUCUGUGAUCACAUUUUCCGUUUACGUCCUGGUGGAUAGCAAUAAUAUCCUGGAUGCAGAAAAGGCCUUCACUUCCAUCACCCUCUUCAAUAUCCUGCGCUUUCCCAUGAGUAUGCUUCCCAUGUUAAUCUCCUCCAUGCUCCAGGCCAGUGUUUCCACAGAACGGCUAGAGAAGUAUUUGGGAGGGGAUGACUUGGACAUAUCUGCCAUUCGACGUGACUGCAAUUUUGACAAAGCCGUGCAGUUUUCUGAGGCAUCUUUUACCUGGGACCAUGAUUUGGAAGUCACAAUUCGAGAUGUGAACCUGGACAUUAUGCCAGGCCAACUGGUGGCUGUGGUGGGCACCGUGGGCUCUGGGAAAUCAUCCUUGAUGUCAGCCAUGCUGGGAGAAAUGGAAAAUGUCCAUGGGCACAUCACGGUCAAGGGCACUGUAGCCUAUGUCCCACAGCAGUCCUGGAUCCAGAAUGGCACCAUAAAGGACAACAUCCUUUUUGGAUCAGAGUUGGAUGAAAAGAAGUACCAGAAAAUUCUGGAGGCCUGUGCCCUCCUCCCCGACUUGGAAGUGCUGCCUGGAGGAGACCUGUCUGAGAUUGGCGAGAAGGGUAUAAAUCUCAGUGGGGGUCAGAAGCAGCGGAUCAGCCUGGCCAGAGCUACCUAUCAGAAUUCAGACAUCUAUAUUCUGGAUGACCCCUUGUCAGCCGUGGAUGCUCAUGUGGGAAAACAUAUUUUCAAUAAGGUCGUGGGUCCCAAUGGCCUGUUGAAAGGCAAGACUCGACUCUUGGUGACACACAGCGUUCACUUUCUUCCCCAAGUGGAUGAGAUUGUGGUCGUGGGGAAUGGCACCAUCUUAGAGAAGGGAUCCUACAGCACUCUGUUGGCCAAGAAAGGAUUGUUUGCUAAGAACCUGAAGACAUUCGUAAAACAGACAGGUCCUGAAGAUGAGGCCACAGUCAAUGAGGAUGGUGAAGAAGAUGACUAUGAGCUGAUACCCAGUGUGGAGGAAAUCCCUGAGGAUGUGGCCUCCUUGUCCAUGAAGAGAGAGAACAGUCUCCAUCGAACAUUUAGCCGCAGUUCUAGGUCCAGUAGCAGGCGUCUGAAGUCCUUAAAAGACUCCUUGAAAACUCGGAAUAUGAAUAUCCUGAAGGAGGAGGAAGAACCAGUGAAGGGACAAAAACUAAUUAAGAAGGAAUUCGUACAAACUGGAAAGGUGAAGUUCUCCAUCUACCUGAAAUACCUACAAGCAAUAGGAUGGUGUUCCAUACUCUUCAUUAUCUUUGGGUUUGUGCUCUAUUCUGUGGCUUUUAUUGGAUCAAACUUCUGGCUCAGUGCUUGGACCAGUGACUCUAAAAUCUUCAAUAGCACCAACUAUCCAGCCUCGCAGAGGGACCUGCGAGUUGGCGUCUACGGAGCGCUGGGAUUAGCACAAGGUGUAUUUGUGCUCAUAGCAAAUCUCUGCAGUGUCUAUGGUUCCAACCAUGCAUCCAACAUCCUUCACAAGCAACUGCUGAGCAAUAUCCUUCACGCACCCAUGAGAUUUUUUGACACAACACCCACAGGCCGGAUAGUGAACAGGUUUUCUGGCGAUAUCUCCACUGUGGAUGACACCCUCCCCAUGUCUGUGCGCAGCUGGGUUCUGUGCUUCCUGGGCAUCAUCAGCACCCUGGUCAUGAUCUGCCUGGCCACGCCACUCUUCAUCGUUGUCAUCAUUCCUCUUGGUGUCAUUUAUGUGUCUGUUCAGAUAUUUUAUGUGGCUACUUCCCGCCAGCUGAAACGACUGGACUCUGUCACCAGGUCCCCAAUCUACUCUCACUUCAGUGAGACUGUGUCAGGUUUGCCUGUUAUCCGUGCCUUUGAGCACCAGGAGCGAUUUCUAAAGCACAAUGAGACGGCGAUUGAUACCAACCAAAAAUGUGUCUUUUCCUGGAUUAUCUCCAACAGGUGGCUUGCAGUUCGUCUGGAGCUGAUUGGGAACCUGAUCGUCUUCUUUUCAUCCUUGAUGAUGGUUAUUUAUAGAGAUACCCUAAGUGGGGACACUGUGGGCUUUGUUCUAUCCAAUGCACUCAAUAUCACACAAACCCUGAACUGGCUAGUGAGGAUGACAUCAGAAGUAGAGACCAACAUUGUGGCUGUUGAGCGAGUAAAUGAGUACAUAAACGUGGAAAAUGAGGCACCAUGGGUGACCGAUAAGAGGCCUCCAGAAGGCUGGCCCAGCAAAGGGGCCAUCCAGUUUAGCAACUACCAAGUACGGUACCGGCCUGAGCUGGAUCUGGUACUGAAAGGGAUCACUUGUGACAUUAAGGGCGCAGAGAAGAUUGGCGUGGUGGGCAGGACAGGAGCUGGGAAAUCAUCCCUGACAAACAGCCUCUUCAGGAUCCUAGAGGCUGCAGGAGGCCACAUCACCAUUGAUGGGGUAGAUAUUGCUUCCAUUGGGCUCCACGACCUCCGAGAGAAGCUGACCAUCAUCCCCCAGGAUCCCAUCCUGUUCUCUGGGAGCCUGAGGAUGAAUCUAGACCCUUUCAACAACUACUCGGAUGAGGAGAUUUGGAAGGCCUUGGAGCUUGCUCAUCUCAGAUCUUUUGUGGCCGGCCUGCAAGCUGGGCUGUCCUAUGAAGUGACAGAGGGCGGUGACAACCUGAGCAUAGGGCAAAGGCAGCUACUGUGCCUGGCCAGGGCUCUGCUUCGGAAAUCCAAGAUUCUGAUCAUGGAUGAGGCCACUGCUGCGGUGGAUCUAGAGACAGAUAACCUCAUCCAGAUGACCAUCCAAACUGAGUUCUCCCACUGCACGACCAUCACCAUCGCCCACAGGCUGCACACCAUCAUGGACAGUGACAAGGUAAUGGUCCUAGACAAUGGGAAGAUUGUAGAGUAUGGCAGCCCUGAAGAACUGCUGAAAAACACUGGCCCCUUUUAUUUAAUGGCCCAAGAAGCUGGCAUUGAGAAUACGAACAGCACAGCAUUCUGACAGCAAGUCUCACAGGUUAGAGAAGGACUAUUUGGAUCCUUAUUUUUUGUGAAUCAUAUCAUACAUAUAAAAGCAUGUAUAAAAUGUAUGUUUUAAAGAGGAAUCCUAAGUGAACACUCACGUCCCUGCUCCCCAAGAUUUUGUUAGAGUAUCAACAGCUACAUCAGAACCCCCCAGAUGAUUCCACUUUGAUCAUACUGCCUUGCUACCCACCCCCCCCACAAAGAGCACCACCAUCCUGAUUUUUGUGAUUAUUCCUUUGCUUUUCAUUUUACCACUUUCCUUAAAUAACAUGUACCUUUUUUUUUAACGUAUGUGAAUGGCCUGACUCAUACUGCAUGCAGUCUUCUAUGACUUCUUUUGUUCGAUAUUAUGUCUGCGAUUCAUCUGCGUCAAUGCACAUCGCGAGGCUGGUGCAUUCUCGCUGCUCUGUAGUACGGCAGUGUGCGAGUACCCCAUAGUUUAUCCAAUUUAGGUUGGUUGGCAGUGGGGUUAUUUCCAGGGUAUGUUGUUUUUCCCUGUAUGAACAGUACUGCUAUGAACACCCUGGUACAUAACUCCUAAAAUACAUGUGUAAGAAUUUCUUUAGGUUUAACGUAUAGGAUGGGAGGUGUGCACAUGUUUAAAUGCAUAUAGUAGGUAAUGCCAAUUUAAAACAUGUUUGUCAAUCUGAUGAGUAUGAAUUGGUAUCCCCUUGAGGCUUUUAAAUGUCUAUUUCCCUGGUUACUGUUGAGGUUUCCGUAUGUGGUGUCUGCUAGUUCUCGUUCACAGUGCUUUAUUUUGUUGGAUGCCUUGCGAAUGUUUACCUUACGUUGCCCAAUCUCCUUGGCAUUUUUUAAAAAACUGAAGUAUCAUUGAUUUGCAAUAUUGUGUUAGCAUUUUCCUGUGGACAUUCUUUGAGGCCUGAAUUGAAUCUGAGCUCUCUUAAGAGGAAUCAUGAAAGCUUCUGCCUGCCACCUGAGGCAUUAACCGGAGCCAAUUUGAAUUAAGUACUCCACUAAGGGGUUUCAAACCUUAGUUAGUGGGACUUCAGACCACAGUCCUGUGCAAGAGCCAGCUUGUGGUUUACAGCAUCUCAAGGGAGCUUCUUCCCCUUGACCUAGCGGCAGGUUGGAGAUGGAUGUGUGGCCUCGUUGACUCUUUCUGCAUGGCAGGGUUUAUUCUUCACUUACUUGUAUACCACAAUACAGCCCUUUCAGGUUCAGGUUCAUCAGAGGGUCUCCUGUAACGUCUCCAUCCUGGCAAGCCUCGACAUCCUCUAUUAUCCACAAAGGUCAAGGUCUCCAGGUUUCAGAAGUCACCCUAAACUUUGACCCUUCUUCUCCCUCCAGGGUUUUUUGUGUCACAUUAUUUUGGGGUCAGCAUAUUCCUUAACUCCAUUUCAGGGAUGCAAUUAUAAAAGAUUUUUAUUCAUCAUUUUAGCUAUUUGUUGAAUGAGAUGCUCAGAGACUUAAACUUCCUAAAUGAGGGGCUUAUACAUCUGCCAGGCAGGAUGAGGAAGGGACUUGCUGCCUCCUAUUUGCUCUGUUCCCACCAGCAUCACUCUAGCAAUGUGUGUUUCCCCGCAGUGGUAGUUUUUCCAAUACUCACAAAACCAGUGUGGUCUUGCCAGCACCAGCUGAGCAGUGCCCCCUUCUGGGAAGUCUGGGUUUUAGUUUUAGCGAUGCCAACCUCUUCCCUUUUGUUCCCUAGGCCCUGAUGGUGAUGUUUGCUUUUGCACUUGCUAGCUGAUACUUGUUUUCCUUUGGCCCUUUCUUCAAUGCCUAUUUAAUGAUUCUUUAUAUUCUGUUAAAAUAACCUAUGGUUUUUGUCUCCUGACUAACCGAAUGGAUAGAACCUUGGAGAUGAUCCAGUUCAAGUCCCUUAUUUCUCAGAUAAGCACCAGACUGAGAAUGGUUACGUGAUCUCUAGAGUCAAAACAGAAGUGUUUAUGGCAGAGCCAGGACCAGAAACCAAUUUCCUGAUCUGAUCUAAAGAGUUCUUCUUUUUCCUAUAAUGAGAGAGGGGUUUUGAUCUACCUUCUCCUGUGGUUGCAGAUGAAGAUGGGGAAGUGUUAUCUUUUUCUCAGUAGUGAUGACUAAGACAUCCAGUGAAGGAGGUGGGAACUAAAAUUAGCCUGGAUGCAAAACUUUGGUGAUGACUCCUCCCCUCCAAAUCUCCUGUUGGCCCAGGACCUGGUAACCCACUCUACAUAAUGGACCACUUACAACAUGAUUGCUCUUUCCUACUUUCCUUCUGAGGUCCUCUUCUUUGCUUAUCCUUGAAGCAUUAAGGUGUCCCUAUGUUUUUGUCUGUGAUCCCCCAGUUCCUCUAUAUUUUCUCCAUAAUUGAUUUCAUACACUCUUGUGGUUUCAACUCCUUCACGCACGAUUCUCACUUCUAGCUUCUUCCUGUGCUCCAAGUUUAAGAUUCAUAUAUUCAGUUGCCUCUGGUAUUAUCACCUGGAUAUCCCUCAGGCAUCUGACACACAAAUCACUCUGAGAGCCCCACCUACUUCCUCCACUCUAAAAAGAUUUUUUUGCCUGCACUUUCUAACUCAAGUGGUGACAUCACUGUCAUUCAGUUCUACAAAAUGAAAACCUGUGUAUCACUCUCAACUUUUCCUUUUCUUUCCAGAUCAAUCAGCCACCAAGCCCUUCCAGUUUUCCUUCUGUACCCCUAUUGUUUUUGCCAUAGUUUAGGUUCUCUUCAUCUCCAUCCUGGACUAAGGGCAUAGGUAUCCCUGCUUCCAGUGUUGUCUUCCUCAAAUAUACCCACCUGUGGCUACCAGACUGAUCUAUUAUGAAAAACUGACCAGGUUACUCUUUUGCUUAAACGCUUCAUUCAAUAGCAAUACAGAAUAAAGUUAAAAUCCCUUAGUAUGGUGUAACAAAGCUCCCUAACAUCCAAUCUAAUCUCAUUUCUUCCAACUCCCAUACUUCAUGUUAAGCUCCAGCAACAUUAAAAUGCUUUUAGAUUCCCACCCCACACAAUUACUGUUUGACUCUAGCCCUUUCCUUAUCUAUCCCCUCUGCUUGGAAUCCCAUGACUACCUCUAACUCAUUAAGACUCAGUAAGAAGUCGUCAUCUCCCGAGAGCUUUCCCUGACUCUCUCUCCUCUCAACCCCCAGGCUAGUUUCAGCGGUGUAGUGGAUUUUCAAUCUUUGGGCAGCUCUGCACAUGCAACUCAGUUCUACAUGGACUCCUCCAACUUAAAAUUCUUGGUGGGAGACCAGGGUGCAGCCCUGUGAGGAGGUUCCAUUAAUUGGAUACACCUGUGCCAGAUUUUGAUUCAGAUGCUGGAAACACAGUCAGGAUAUCUCUCUGGCAAAGGUGACAGUCACUGUCCAUAGGUAGCAGUGGUGUGACUGGCAGCAGCACCCAGUGACACUGUGGUGAGAUACUGAACAUCAUUCCUGGCUUCAAAGACCCAUAUCUGGCUUUCUAUCCUCCCGGAGAGUCGGUGAGCAACCUAUCAUUAUUUGAAAACUUCCUUUCUGCUUAAGUUUACAAGCUGGGGAUUGUUGUUUACAACUAAAUAAUGCUCCCUAGCACACUUGAUUUGCUUUUACUGUAUUUAUUAUUUUGUUAGAUAAUUUUCUGUGUGUGCCUCCCUAAGCUGUGAGCCUCUUGAAAAGAGGAACAACUUCUUACUCUGUUUUCUAUCUUCAGUGGCUAGAAUAUAGUAGGUACUCACUUUUUGGAAAGUUCAAAAAAUAUUUAUUAAAAAUACAAUGGGGGUACUUCCCUGGUGGCACAGUGGUUAAGAAUCCACCUGCCAAUGCAGGGGAUGCAGGUUCAAUCCCUGGUCUGAGAAGAUCCCACAUGCCACAGAGCAACUAAGCCCUCAAGCCACAACUACUGAAGCCCACGCACCUAGAGCCCAACAAGAGAAGCCACCACACUGAGAAGCCCGCAUGCCGCAACUAGAGAAAAGCCUGCACGCAGCAAGGAAGACCCAAUGCAGCCAAAAUAAAUAAUUAAAUUAAAAAAAAUACAGUAGGAAAAAUGUAUGCCAAGAGUACAGCAACAGGAUUGAAGACGACAAAGUAACUCCAACAGGAAGAGUAAAUAUAGCAAUCAGACCUAAUUUUUUUGCUGGCUAAUUUUGUAAAAGUAUCUUUUGAAACACCCUCUGAAGAAAUUUGUUCCUUUUAGGUAACAGAAAUGAAUACAUUUAAUUACAAAUGCACUCUGAUUAUGACUUUACCUAAAAAUUAGCAAACAAUAUUGUGCAAAAACCAUAUUUAACUAACUAUGUGGAUUUAGUCUUCCACAUAAAUUAAAUACUAAACUGAUUUUUGAAAGGCUUCGUAUUGUUUGAAGACUAAACAAAAGUUGUAAAAAUGCCUGAAAAAAUUGGCUGUAAGAAGCACUCCAUUUUCAUAGUAUUCCUUUUUACUUCAUAGCAUUCCUUUUUACUUCGUAUGCAAGUAAUUGGUUAUGCUGUAGAAUUUAACAAGUUACAGUGUAAAAAGCAACAACUUAGGAAAGAAGUAGAAAAAAGGGUAAAAAAAAAGUAUAUAGUAUUUCUCUUAAGACUACUUUAGUUCUCACUGAAUUAAAAACAACAACAACAAAAAACUAGACUAAUAGCGCUUUCUUCAACUCUAACAGUCAAGUCCUUGGUUGACACACUGGUAAUCUCCUGAAAGGAUAGUCACCUUGGUCCUCACCAUGGUAGCCAUCUGGCUAUUCUGCCUGGUAACCGCUGUCACUGAUUUCAAAUCCACUUGUCCCGGGCUGUCGGAGCAGCAGCCUUUGGAACGUUUAUUUGCUCCUCAAGCCCACAGCCACUUGUUCCUCACUGGGAAACAACCUUGUUGAUAUCCAUCUGUAAAGACUGUCGAGUUGUCCUCUGGUUGUACCUCUGAGCACAGAUGUCUCCCCUGGUACCUCGUGCUAACACCCUUGCUUGCUGGCUCCUUUGUUCACUUGCAGUAAAUUGUGAUCUGGUUUGUCAGGGUUCACAUUCUGGCAUCAUAAAGAUGCUUCACAGUUCCAUAAAUAUCUGCUGGACUGAUGCGCUUAUUAGUUCGAAUCUGUAAACCAAUUCUACUUUGGCUAGCUUUCCAUUUUCCUUCAUCAAAACGUCUGAUUUUUCUGCAUACUUGGCUUCAGUGUUAAUGGUUGAACAGAAUCCUUUUGUUUUAGUGGGACCUAGAGUUAGGGAUACAGUAUAAGGGCCAAAUCUGGCCUGCUGUUUUUAUAAAUAAAGUUUUUUUGAA